GACCUUUGUCUGUGUCUCCCCAUAAUGUGACCUUUAGAACUUGCCAGUGACGCACCCAAUACCCAACCAGUAUUUUUCUGAGAUAAUCUGCCCGAGGUGUGUGAGAGGAAAGCGAAGCAAAGGAAGUCAGGGGGACUCAUUCCGGGGGGAGCCGGGUAGAGAUUCUGUCUCCUCCUACAUCCAUAGCAUGCAGGCUCCAUUUAGAUACAAAGGGGUGGGAUUGGGUUCCUGGGGAGAAAUUGAGCCCCUUUGGUUCUGCGGUUCUGCGGGGUCUAAAUCUGGCAGCUCCUUGGCUGUCAACCCCCAGGCUUUGUGAUUGGUUGGCUGUGGUUGGCGGGAGGGGGAGCGGGUGGAUGCUGCUGCUGGAGCUGCAGCUGCAGCAUCCUUUAGUCUCAGGCCCCCAGGAGGGGGAGGGGAAAGAACCGGGGCUGAGCCGUGGAGGGCAGAGGAGCCAUUUCUGUCCACCGACUGCAACCUCCGUGCUCACAGCUCACGUUUCACCAGAAUCCAGGGGCCGGAUCGGCCUAGGAAUCCGCAAUGCUGGAUAUUUUCAUCCUGAUGUUCUUUGCCAUCAUAGGCCUGGUCAUUCUGUCCUACAUUAUCUAUCUGCUCUAGUGGCCUGGAGCUGCGGCGGCCGGAGCCUGCUGGAGAACAGCUCAGAGGGAGGGAUGGAGCUGAACGGCCGAGCGCCCUGCUUGCUGACGCACCGGUGGAUUUUUGCUUCUGGAUGUUAUCUCGGCUCCUGGUCUCCAGUCCAACAAGAGGCCUCUCAUCCACAGCAGCGCUCCCGCUGCCCAGCAGACCUCUUCCAGAGCCUUCCAGACAUGGCUGACCCCUGGCAUGCAAGGGGCUUUUUGAGCUGAGAGGCACUUGGCUGGGACAUGAGGAAUUCAUGGACAUGGCUGGCAGAUACUGCAUGUGUUUGAGCUGUAGUUAGAGGGGAUUGAGAAUACAGAAGGUUGAAAUGGAGACUCACUAAAGUUACAGUGGAGAACUGCCCAAAAAUUCAUUUUGAAUUAAGGAAACUUCAGUUCAUGUUAAAUUUCCUUCUAUCUAAAUGCAACUGCACAUUCCACUCGAAUAUGUUCCUUCCUUCUCACACACAGGGCCCCUUUGUUAAACUCAUGGUCAAGUUCAAGUUGUCCAUCUUCAUCUAUGAAGUAGUCACUUUAUCACUGUCUGUCCAGAUUGCACAAUGUAGGGUUUUGUGGUUUCUCUUCUGUCACUAUCCAGCCAGAAGGAACUUGUCAUUUGAGUUUUUAAAAUUUAUCAUUUCUUUCCACCUUAACCCGCUUGUAUCCCAGUUUCUCAUCGAAAGGGAGAAAUGGUUACAUAGUCCUCGUCUUUGCCCCUGACUGAAUUGUAAAUUAUGGAAACAUGGUGGCUAUACUUAUUUAGGAAAAAUCUCUUAACCCAAAA